AUGUUCAGGGCGGCGCCCAGGCGCGCAGUGUGGGAGGAUGUCCUGAGCAAGCUGUUUGCCGGACAGGCCAAGAAGCUCUCAUCCUCGGCGGGUGCGUUGCACCAGGGCGCGGCGGCGCAGCGCGCAACCCUCGGCGGCGGGUCACGCUACGCCACGUCGCGACCUUUUGCUACGGCGAGACAGACAAUCUUCCGCGGACGGCAGCAGCAGCAGCAGCAGGCAAAGCGCUGGUUCCGCUCAUCGGCAUGGAGGGCAGGCGCCCAGGCGGGCCAAGAGGGGCUCAGCAUGGGCCAGAAGCUCAAGAAGCUGACCAAGGACUACGGAAAGGCGGCGGUAGUGGUGUACUUCAUGCUGAGUGCGAUUGACCUGUCCCUGUUUUACCUGCUUGUCAGGAUGGCGGGGACGGAUCGGAUCGGCCGGGUCGAGGAGGCUAUCGUGUCGGUCAUUCCGGAACCGAUCCGCGUCAAGACGGGCCAGGCCUGGGCCGCCAUCAAGUCCGUCCUGAAGAAGGAUGACGGCGAGACGGAGAAGAAGGAGGGAGCCGGUGAGGACACGACGGUACUGGGCGUCGAGACGGCGACGGAGGGUCACAGGGAAGAAGCCAGUCUGGCCACGCAGUUUGCCCUGGCGUACGCCCUGCACAAGAGCAUCAUCUUUCUGAGGAUCCCGCUCACGGCGGUCGUGACGCCCAAGGUUGUCAAGACUCUCGCGUCUUGGGGGUGGAACAUUGGCAAGUCUCUCAAGAAGACUUCCUGA